AAAAAAAAUCUUCAACAACUACAAAAUUAAAAAAUCGAGUCCACGCACUCACCAUGUAUAUAUAAACAUUAACUUAAGCAAUAAUAACCAAACAAAAGAACCCAAAGAAAGGCAAGAAAAUGGACAAGUCCUUUACUCUGUUCUUAACUCUUACGAUUCUCGUCGUCUUCAUCAUCUCUUCACCUCCGGUCCAAGCCGGCUUCGCCAACGACCUCGGUGGUGUAGCAUGGGCUACGACUGGAGACAAUGGUUCAGGCUGCCACGGUUCAAUAGCAGAGUGUAUCGGGGCGGAGGAAGAAGAAAUGGACUCAGAGAUCAAUAGAAGAAUAUUGGCGACCACAAAAUACAUAAGCUAUCAGUCUUUGAAACGGAACAGUGUGCCUUGUUCAAGAAGAGGUGCGUCUUAUUACAAUUGUCAGAACGGAGCUCAGGCUAAUCCUUAUAGUCGUGGUUGCAGCAAAAUUGCUCGUUGCAGGAGUUAGACCUACAAACAAGAAAGCUAUCUUCUUGAUCUUGACUUAUGUUUUCUUUGAUCCAUCAAGCGUUUUCAUUUUAAUUAAAUCUUUAAAUAUUCAUCAUGUCUCUGCACAAUAGUAAAGACCUAUGUUUUGAUCAAAUUGGGUUGAUUUGUAAUAUUUUAUGUGAAUAAUCAUGGUCUUAAUGAUCCAUGAAGUUGUUUGGUUUUUAAUUAUUACAAAGAGACGAGUAUUCAAAGAGUUAUUACCUACGUUUGAUCAAACCGGGUUUGGUUUGUACCUCAGCCGCUUUCACAGUCGGAUUGAAUAACCGGUCUCAAGUUGCAACACACAAGUGACCAACUCUCAACCUAACCCUUACCAACUCUCGGCGCGUUU